CUGUCUAGUUCCAAGGAGAAUCUCAGUGUUUACCACAACCUGUUGAUCAUGGGGCAUACCAAACAGCCUGACGUCAUACUGGUUGUGCUUGGAUGCCUAAUACCCAUCACUUGGAGUUUCCCAUUUGGCCCUGUCCUUGACCUGGAUGUCACCGCCAGGGUAACUGUACACAUCAAUGGCCUCUUGGGCUGUAAUCAUUUCCAGGGGGCUGCAGUGAACUACAGCACUCUGUUGUUGGAGGAUGGUCAAGGGUUACUGUAUGUAGGGGCCAGAGAAGCCAUUUACGCACUGGAUACUUCUAAUAUCUCUGCCACCAAUAGCACUCUUUCUUUGGAUUGGGCAGCAUCUGCUGAACAGAAGAGACAGUGCCUGAGCAAAGGAAAGAACAAUCAGACGGAAUGUUACAAUCAUGUGAGAUUCCUGGACAGAUAUAAUGACACUCACCUGUACACCUGUGGGACUCAUGCCUUCAGACCACGCUGUGCCUACAUAGAUGUGGCACGCUUCACCUUUGUGCGUUUUGAGGAGGGAAAAGAGAAAUGUCCUUAUGAUCCUACAAAGGGCUUCACUGGAUUUAUAAUUGAUGGUGAGAUGUACUCUGCUUCCCAGUACGAGUUUCGUUGUACACCUGAUAUUAGACGCAACUUUCCCUUCCCCAACUUGAGGACGGACGAUUCUCCAACAAGAUGGCUUCUGGAGGCAGAUUUUGUCGGCUCAGCGUUACUGAGAGAGAGCGCCAACAGCUCUAUCGGGGAUGAUGACAAACUCUACUUCUUCUUCACAGAGAGGAACACAGAACCAACUGCUUACUCCAGCCAGACCAGAGUGGCCAGGGUGGUCCGUGUAUGUAAGGGGGAUAUUGGGGGUCAAAGGACUCUACAGAGGAAGUGGACAUCCUUUCUCAAGGCCAGGCUGGUGUGUUCCAUUCCUGAUUAUGAGCUUCAGUUCAACAUCCUGCACAGCGUUUAUGUCGUUGAGGGGGCCAGCGUACAAGACAGUGUCUUUUAUGCCGUUUUUGGACUUGAGUGGAGAAAUGUUAAAAUGUCUGCAGUGUGUCGGUACUCCCUCAGAGAUGUCCAGACAGCUUUUGAUGGGCCUUACAUGGAGCUACAUGACUCCAAAUGGAGAGAAUAUACUGGGAAAGUUCCAGAUCCAAGGCCUGGCUCGUGUAUAACCGAUCAGCAUCGUGCUCUGCUUAUAAAUUCCUCCCGGGAUCUCCCUGACAACAUACUGAAUUUUGCUCGAAGACACCCUUUAAUGGCCAGGCAGAUCCAGCCAGUUGGAGGACGCCCUCUUUUGCUCCAGAGAAGUGCAGACUACACCAAGAUUGCUGUACUUCAAGUUGCAGGUUUGGAUGGACUUGUUUAUGACAUGCUCUUCAUUGGAACAGAUGAGGGCUGGUUACACAGGGCUGUAAAGAUCAGAGACCAUGUGCACAUUAUUGAGGAGCUUCAGCUGUUUGAGGAAAAACAACCCAUCAAUAACAUGGCAAUAUCACAAAAACAGAACAGUAUCUAUGUGACUGCCCCCUCUGGACUGGCUCAAGUACCUCUGUCAUCCUGCAAGCGCUACACCUCUUGUUAUGACUGUGUGUUCGCACGAGAUCCACUUUGUGGCUGGGAUGGAAGAGUGUGUGCUGAGAUAUCAUCUUACUCUAACAGGUCCAGUCUUGUCCAGGACAUACAGAUGGGGAGCAGAGGCUGUACAAACAUUACAAGUGAUGGUUUUGUCACGCACCGGAUACGUGCGGUGAUGGCUGGAGAUGAUGUGCUUUUGCAGUGUGAGAUUCGCUCCAACUUGGCCUCCCCUCAUUGGACACUGAACGGUCAGCAGCUUCAGGGGUAUGGUGUUGAUGUUGGCUACCGCACUGGCAACGACGGUCUCCUAAUCAUUGGAGCUCAUAGCCAGCAGAGCGGACACUACCGCUGUUACGCAGUGGAAAACGAAGUUUGGAUUCCUGUCAGCAGCUAUAUUGUGAGAGUGCAACCCGUACCACCUCCUGCAACGCAUCUGUCAGCAAGACCAACGGCUCUACCCGAGAGUGUCUUCACCACCACAACUGUACCAACUCAGAGCCCGUCCAGUGGUCCUGUUGAGCAGCUCCUGUCCCCUCCACCUGCCCCUUUACCUUCUGGACCAGAGUUCCAGACCUACAGACACAUGGAGGCCAUGUUUAUCUCUCUGGUGGCUGUUCUUGGAGGACUGUGUCUAGUUCUUACAGUUGUCUUGCUUUAUGUGAGCUUCUGUGCACGUAGCACUCCCAACACCAGGAAGUACUCUCAACAAGGUCUUUCGGUAACCGCGGCAACCGAACGAAAGAUGAGUUCGCACUUUGAGCUUAAAACUAUCUCAAGCCACUGCAAUGGCCGAAACGAGGGGCGGAGCAGAGCGGUGUCAAGGGAUGGAGAGUUUCUACAGUUUGUUUCAGGAGACUCCCAGUCCACACCCUGUAAGGAGCCUCCACCUGCUCCACCACUUCCAAUGCCUCCACCCCUACCAUCAUCUGACUGUGCCAAUGGAAUGUCGGCUACGUUACCCAGUGUGCUGAGAAAGAUGAAUGGAAACAGCUAUGUGCUCCUGAAACAGAUGGACUCCGAGAUGACGUCGCCACUUUACCACUCGUUUACAGAGGAGCUCAACAGGAUCCUGGAAAAAAGGAAACAUACACAGCUGGACAUCGAACCAGAUGAGAGCUCAGUGUAGCUCCAGGUCACACCAUUACUGUAUCACCCCCUUGUGGUGGGAAGCUUUACUUUUGUAAAAGGAACACCCUUCCACCACAAUGAUGGUUUAUCGUGGCAUUUUUUGUAGGAUUCGUAUAUAAAACUUAAGCUUCCUCGGACUGAUGCUUCAUGGUUUUUUUCUGGUGACUUGUUAAAAUGAGUUUCUCAAACACAAAUUUAUUCUGGCCUACUGAUCGAUAGAGGUACAGACUCUCGGUAGACCUCAGGAAGGACUUUGUUAUGGACCUCAGAGGAAUAAAAUGCAAGUUGAUGCUUUUUUCACAGAAUCAAGAACACUGAAAAUCUGGACUUAUAGUUGAGCUCUUUAGUUUUGCAGAAGGAAAUUUUACAGAAUAUGUACAGACUGUCCAAAGACUGUCUAGGCAAAGCAAUGCAUAUUUGUACAUAAUCAAGGAGAGACUGUUGUUCAAAUGCAGAUAUGUUUACAGAUGUGUUUUUACCUAAUUUAACCUAAUGUAAAUAACACACAUUUUAAAGGGGUUAGUUCACUUAAAGGGAUAGUUCACCCAAAAAUGAAAAUUCUCUCAUGAUUUCCUCAUUCCAUCCCAGAUGUGUAUGACUGUCUUUCUUCUGCAGAACACAAAUUAAGAUAUUUUGAAGAAUAUUUCAUCUCUGUAGGUCCUUACAAUGCAAGCGAAUGUGUGCCAUAAUUUUGAAACUCCAAAAUCCAUACAAAGGGAGCAUAAAAGUAAUCCAUAUGACUCCUGUGGUUAAAUCCAUGUGUUCAGACACAAUAUGAUAGGUGUGAUCCUAUAUGAUCCUCCCUGUGUCAGGAACAGUAGAAGAGAGGGUGAGAACUCAUAGAAAAGUGAGAAGACUGGGUUUUCAUUUAAUAUUCAAAAAAUAAACAAAACAAACAAAAUCGACCCUGAAGGGGAAACCUCAAAGGUCCAGGGCAGAACACUGCAAAACAGACUGGGUUCGAUGCUUGGAACAGACACGGCAAGGCAAGGCAAGGCAAGGCAGGAACUGACACAGGAGAACCUAACAGGGUGAUAAACCAUAACAAAAACACAAUGGGGUUAAAUAGGAAAGAAAACGAGGAGGGUAAUAAGGAAAGCAGGUGAAGAAAAUGAACUAAUAAUGAGGUAACAAGGGGCCUAGGUCAGGACAAGAGGCAGUAGAUCACAUGGUAAACAACUUAACAAGAAUCAUGUGCUCACAAAAAUCACAACAGACCGCACAGGAAGAGCACCUGGCAAUGAAGCCGUCAUUGGCCAUGUGCUCAAACAAACACAUAAGACAAGAUAAUAAAGCACAUGGCAAUAAAGCCAUCAUUAACCAUGUGCUCAAACAAAAAGACAAGACCAGACAAGAGUGCAUGGCAAGAGACCCGAAACCAAACACGAAGCCAUGCACUCACAAAGACAAGACAUGGAGCAUGAGUGUCUGGAUCCCGACACAGAAACAAGACUGAACCAGACCGAAGAGUCAGGAUCCAGACGCCAUGCUCUGAACAUGAAACACAGACUAGACAGAAGAGCACACGCUGUCCUUUGCUGCAUAUUGCUGCCCCCUUCGGCAUAUCACGGCACAGUUUUGUGGCCCGUUCUGCAUAACGUGACGGCUCAUUUCAGCUUAUCGCGGCUCAUUCUGCCCGUUUUGCAGCCGGCCCACUGGCCCGCCCGGUUCUCCCAAUGGCCAGUCUGCCCCUGAUCAGCCCCAAAGUGCGUCGGCCCACCGGAAAAAUGCCAGAUUACCAAUCCAGCCCUGUAUGAGUUGAGAAAUACUUCUAAGUUCAGCAGAAGAAAGUCACACAUCUGGGAUGGCAUGAGGGUGAGUAAAUGAUGAGAGAAUUUUCAUUUUUGGGUGAACUAACCCUUUAAAAAUGAAUAUUCUGUUUGCAUUUACUCACCUUCAUGUUCUUUCUGAAUGACUUUCUUUCUUCUGUGGAACACAAAUGGACAUAAUGUUUGUGCUGCUCUUUUUCAUACAAUGAAAAUGAAUGAGGACGGAUACUGUCGAGCUUCAAAAAUGACGACGACAACAACAAAAAAAGCACUAUAAAAAUAGUCCAUACAACUUGUGUACAAUAUUCCAAGUCUUCUAAACCCAUGUGAUAGCUUCGUAAAAUCAAAGUCAAUAAGUCAAGUGAGUUUGGAUCUACAAAAGUGUGAGUAAAUGAAGAAUUUGCAUUUAUUUUUGGGUGAACUAUCUCAUCAUUAAACCUAGUGAUAGCAGCUCAUCAAAAUAAUAGGAUCACAAUAUAUCUAAAAUGGACUUAAUUGUUCUUUCAGGUAAGGUUCAUAAAGUGUUUGUAGAUAUAAAUGGUUUGAAGACUGAUGGAAACAUGCCAUGAGCCUUAAAGGCACUGGCAAUUAGUUUUUGGGCUUUGAUAAUAACAAUAUUUUACUCAAACCAUUUCUAAAAUGUCAGAUUGCAAGAGGAUCAAGUUUUACCACAUGCAUUGUUGACA